AUGGAUUUAGACGAGGCUCUAAUUGUGCCUAGGGCUACUGUGCUUGUCAGGUUCAAUGGCGAAGUGAGCCACACGAUUGGAGAAAUUACUUUGCCAGUUUAUGCUAAUGGGGUGAACAAACAGACUAAGUUCUCAGUCUUAGACUCACCAUCUGCUUACAAUAUUAUUUUGGGCCGCCCCUGGUUACACUCCAUUGGGGUCGUCCCCUCCACUUAUUAUCAAGUAUUACGCUACCCAACGAAGAGUGGCGUUAAAGAGCCAAAAGAAGAACGGAAAGUGGAGAGUAUGCAUCGACUUCCAUUCCCAUUGUCGCACAUAGACAUGAUGGUAGACCUGACAGCCGGACAUGGGCUUUUGAGCUUUAUGGACGCCUUUUCUGGGUACAACCAAAUCCUCAUGCAUCCAGAGGAUCAAGAAAAGAUGGCAUUUAUCACGGAGAGAGUGAUUUACUACUAUAAGGUGAUGCCCUUUCAUUUGAAAAAUGUCGAAUCCACUUAUGAGUGA